AUGCCCGUCGACUUUUCAGGCUCAAGAGCCUGGGGGUACAUACCCAACGGCACCAACAAAAACUAUGCAAAAUUCCAAUUGCAUGUCCUUGCCAAACUAGACAGUACCGUGGUACACAGGUACUACACUUCUUACUUUCAACCACAACUCUUCAUAGCACUCCUACUCCCCUCCCUGUACUCCUCCCCAUACCACCUACCCAAAAACCCCGACUCAUUCACUAACAGGAUCCUGGCAGACACAUGGAGGCAAUGCCGCUGCGGCACCAACGACGGCGGCGAUUGCCAACUACCAGCCUGCUGGGCCUAUUCAGACAACAAAGUCUUCUUCAACAAGCCCAAGCCCUGGAACCAGGAGGCUCAUACGACUUGGAAAAACGGUGCCGAGAAUAGAUGCGUGGCGUACUUUUCCAAGGGGGGAAACCAGUUUAGGGGCUUUGGAGGUGUAGAGUAUGAAGUUCAAUGUCGGAAGUUUUGCACUUCCAUGGCGAUAUCUGAUUGA